AUGGAGGACAGUGAGACAAUGAAAAGAGGAGAGGAUUCGUCGGAAAGGGAGAGAAAGUUUGAAUUUGAGUUCACUUCAAAUUAUGUUCCAACUAAAGCCGCCCGUAUCCAAGAAUUCGAAACUCACGAGUUCUUUGCGGAGAGUCAACAAAGUGGAACUAGACGUCUUCAGGAUUCGGAGAUUCAUUUGUGGGAUGUCAGUGGGGAUAGAAAAUACGAAGACUGUUGGCCAGCUAUCAAAGAAGAUGCGGAAGGAGUGAUUCUCGUUGCGAAUCCCGAGGAACACAGUGGAAAAGAUCUCCAGUUGUGGUUUACUGAAUUCGUGGAGAAGGAGAAUAUCAAGUUAGAAUGUGUCAUGGUGAUUCUCAACGAGCAGGGAUCCAAAAAGACGAAUCACGAACAGAUUUCCAGUUUCGAAAUCCUUCCAAAACUGCGAGGUGUCCACCACGUGGCUCAUCACUUUGGUUCGGAGGCACUACAGAUGAAAAUGGAGGUGAAUAACUUCAUGGCUUCGGUGCUUCGUGUGGAUCAACGACGUUUUCAAGAGGCGGAGAGUCACGGUCUAUCAUAUGAGGACAACAGGGAUGAGGAGGAUUUCUAA